UUUAUCUUAAAUUCUUAAUUUAGAGGAGGUUGGUCCCGAAAGAGGCGUGUUCCUCAAGCUGGUUUAUCCACCUGUGACAGUGACAGCGAACGAACACCGCCAUUUGAUACGUUUCGGAACGAAUAGCGUCGCAAAACCUAUUAGCCCUAACAAACAAGAAAGAGGAGAAAGAAACCUUUCAUCUGAGAGAGAGACUGUGAGAGUCGUUAAUCUCCGAGAACCAACAUGUCGGGAGUGGGACCUAUCUCGCAGGACUGGGAGCCGGUGGUAAUAAUGCUGGGACAAACAAAGCGGCAUCUAGUAGCACGUCAUUGAACACCAAGAGGCUUGAUGAUGAUACAGAGAAUCUAGCUCAUGAACGCGUGCCGACUGAACUCAAGAAGGCUCUCAUGCAAGCAAGGAUGGACAAGAAACUCACUCAAGCACAGCUUGCUCAGAUUAUCAAUGAGAAGCCUCAAGUGAUCCAGGAGUACGAGUCAGGAAAAGCGAUUCCAAACCAGCAGAUAAUUGGCAAGUUGGAGAGGGCCCUUGGUGCCAAACUGCGAGGCAAGAAAUAAGCAAAACAAAUCCAAGUAUACUAACGUUUGUGUAUGUAAUUAAUUAGCUACUGUGUUUUCACUUUGCGAAGGGUGGCUGUUAAGGUGUGUUUUGCAUGCUGAUUUGUGUGUGUAUAUAUGCAAAGAGAUGACAUGUGUGGCGACCCCGAGAGGCUUUACCAUUUUCCAGAUUGAAAAUAUCAUAUUAAAUAAAGUCAUGCUCUCGUUAUAGUUGGAAAUAAGAUAGGAUACAGCUUUUGUUCACAAGAACCAUUAUGUUCUCUGUUUCGACAUGCCCCUGCUAUUUAUUUAGCUUCAUAUGUUGGCAAAAUUCCUUCUUUC